AUGAGCGACCUCGUCCAACACGGCUCGCCCGGGCCUGCCACCGCCACCCAGCGCCAGCACGACUCGCCCACCUCGCGCUUCGGCAUCCCCGACCUGCCUUGGCCGACGUCGAGGACCGCUCGAGCCUCGCUCUUCGACCCCGCCCUCGACUCGCCCUCGCCUCCCUCGCACGCCCACCCGAGCCCGGCCACGACGACCUCGCCGAGCGACAAGACGAGCUCCAGCAGCCGCACGAGCCCGGCGACGAGCUUCAACUGGACGAGCGGCGACGGCGAGCAGGACGUCAAGCGCGAGGACCAGGUCGGCGCGGUCGAGGUGGGCACGGGCAAGGACAAGGCGCACUGGUUCGGCCUCUCGGUUCAAGGCCUGUCGGCCAGCGCCGUCCCGACUCGGUCCUUCUCGGACGACUACUUCUCGUCGUCGCACAAGCUCGGCCCCGACAUCCGCGUCGACAUCGGUCUCGGCAUUCAGGCCGACCAGGGCGGCAUGCACACGAUCGAGGACGACCUCGCGACGAGAACGGCGCACCUCGACCUGCGCAAGACCCGCAGCGCCUCGCCGCUCGAGGCUCGCCGCGACUCGUUCACCUUCUUCCCUUCGCCCUCGCUCCUCGGUGGCUCGCCUUCGCCCCGCAAGAUCCACUCGUUCGCCUCGUCGGCCGCGCUUCGCUCGCCGCAGCGCCCGGCCUUUCGCCGCGAGAUGACGGCGCCCGUCGUCCGCCUCGAGUCGCAGGUCGCCGAGCGCUCGACGGCGCCGACUACGUGGCUCAACGGGCGCCGCGAGCUGUGGAGCUCGACGACGGUGCCGUCGACGCCUGGUCCGCACGAGUCGCCGCCGCUCGUCCCCGUUCCGGCUCUCCACAACCUGCCGCCUCGUCCGGGCCCGCACACGCCGCACGCCCCGCCCAUCUUCGACCUCGACAAGCACCUGUUCGGCACGCCGACGAGACCGGUGCCGCUCGCCCCGCCGUCGCACCGUCGCGCGCCGCCCAUCCCCCUUCCUCCGCUCCCGCCGCUCGCACCCCUCCCGACGCCAGCUCUCGCCCCGGCCAAGUCGCUCGACAGCGCGCACGUUCGCGCGCACACGAUGUAUCCGCUCUCGCCCGCCGACACGGAGCGCGUCGCGCAGCUGCAUGGCGGGCGCGUCCCCUCGCUGCAGCAACUCGCGCCGCCGCAGCACGAGGCGACAGCGACGGCGCCGGUCGUCAACACGGGCAACGUCGGGCCGAUGGUCGUCCAGGUCGGCGACUGGAGGUGCGGGGUCUGCGCGUUCAUCAACUGGCGCCGUCGCAAGAUCUGUGUCAAGUGCUUCCCUCACGCCAACGACCUCGGCGACAUCCUCACGAUCAAGUCGCAGCAAGCCGCCAGCCUCGCACGUGGAUCGUCGAGCCCGGUCGCCCUCGCUACCUCGAGCCCGUCGGCGUCGGCGUCGGCGCCCAGGACCGGCCCGCCGUCGACCUCGCCCGGCAUCCCUCACGCCUACUUCGCGUCGGCGCCUCCCUGCUCGAACCUGCCCGUUACGAGGUCGCCUCCUCACGUUAGUCACGACGCGCAUGUCCACGUCGGCGGCUCGUCGCCGUUCGCGGGCCCGCACGCCCUGUCGAGGCCGGCCCUCGUCCCGGUCCAGCCCGCCCAGUCGCGACCGCCCACGCGCCCGCCGCUCGUCCCGACGCGCAGCUACCCGAGCGCCUUCCCCGACGACAGCAAGUGGACGACGUCGGCCCCUCUGUGCGAGUUUUGCCCGCGCUCGACGGCGCCGCCGCCACCGCCACCGUCGCACGUGUCCCCUCCCUCCUCGACCGUGCCCGCCGCCCUGUCGCCGCUCCCGCACAGCAUCUGGGCGCCGCCGCCUGCGUCCAAGGCCAUCCUGUCGGCGCCGUCGUCGGCGAGCGCGAGCGACCUCGCGGCGCGGCAGGCGGCGACCGAGCGGGUCCGCGCCAUCGUGCAGGCGCGCGCAGCGAGCGCCGCCGGGCGGCGCUGA